AUGGGCCGAGCCAUUCCACGACUGCUAGCCGAUGCUAACAAGAAUUUUUCCGUGCCACUGUCGGGGACCUCAAUUCUGGCUAAAUUCAACUCUGGAAACCUGUCUUGCAUUGCUCAAAAUUCUCUUGUCACCUUUAAUGGUCGUUCCACCAGAUCGGCUAGAGAUGAGAUGCUAGACAAGAGUAAGGAGCAGGCGAACUUUGCCCGGAAUAUUGAAGAGUUUCCGGUACUGCCAAUCAUCACCCUUGUACCGACUACGACGACCACGGUUACGGUAGCUCCGACUCUUGGUCAGAAGUCUACAACAUCAGAGACAAGCUCAGCCUCUCCACAGAGCACGCAAGCAACAAUGCCCCCAACAACGCCGGCGGAAUCGUCUCUGGCAUCUAUCUUCUCAUCCAGCUCAUCGCGUAUGUCCAGACCACCCGCUAGCACCACUAGCAGAGCGCCUGCAUCCUUGUUCCCAUUGACGGAGGAAGUGAGGGAUUUCGCGCGAGUCGCAAUCCUCUACAUAUUACAAGAGCAGUCUGUAGAAAAGGCAAGCUCCUCGCAGACUAUUCUGCAACAACUGUUCAGCAGUGACAUCACAGAGCAAGAGGCAUCCAACGUUGACCUUGGGAAUGGAAAUAAUAUCAACCUGGCCUCGCGAUCUGUCAACAUUGGGAGUGGGCCAGUUGGCAGCAAAAACGUUUAA